AUGCCAGCUUCCCCCGGUCCUAUCAUGCGAAGACCGCCCAUGAGAUCCUCGAACUUUGAAGCAUUAACGAUUGCACGCAUGGUUCUGGCACUGGUUCCCCCAACGUGGACGGUUACACCAGUUGCGACAACAGGGCAAGCAUCAGCUGGUUUCGCCCUAGGGUCUGAUGGUCGUGCCCGGGGAUGGCCUGUCUCGAGUCCUGAAGAAAACGUCCGGGCUUCCGAUAAGGGCAAUCCGCAGGGGAACAACUGA